AUGACCCAACCAGGCGAACCGGAGCCAUUGGUCUCCUCCCUAUGGACCCGAUCCCUAAUUUCCGGAGCCAUCGCUGGCCUCACCGUUGACUGCUCCCUCUACCCCCUCGACACGAUCAAAACCCGCCUCCAAAAAGCCCGCACACACGGCCCCUCCACCACAUCAGCAGCACCCAGCCUCUCUCUCCGCCAAACCAUCCGCGGCAUCUACGCCGGUCUUCCCUCCGUGCUCUUCGGCUCCGCCCCGUCCGCCGCAUCCUUCUUCAUCGUCUACGAUGGCGUGAAACGAUACCUUCUUCCCUCCCCUACCUCCUCUAAUAAGGAUACCACUCCCUCCCGCUCCCACAUCAUCCUCACGCACUCCCUCGCUUCCUCGAUGGGCGAAAUCGCCGCCUGCGCCGUCCGCGUCCCCACCGAAGUCGUGAAGCAGCGCGCCCAGGCCGGUCUGUUUGGCGGCUCGAGUCUUCUUGCCUUUAAGGAUAUUUUGGCCCUCCGCAAUGCUCCCCAUGGUGGGUACAUGCAGGUUCUCGGGGAAUUGUAUCGUGGCGCUGGCAUUACUAUUGCCAGGGAGAUCCCGUUUACCGUGUUGCAAUUUACUAUGUGGGAGAGUUUGAAGGAGGGGUAUGCGAAGAGGGUUGCUGCGAAGAAUGGUGAUGGGAGUGUUGGGGUUGUGCCGGCGUCGACAAGUGCCAUGUUUGGGAGUGUGGCUGGAGCUAUUUCGGCCGGGUUGACUACGCCGUUGGAUGUUGUUAAGACGAGGGUUAUGCUUGCGAGACGCGGUGGGGAUGAGGGCAGAGUCAGAGUUAGGGAUGUUGUGAGGGAGAUUUCUAAGGAAGGGUUUGGGGCGUUUUGGAGGGGGAUUGGGCCCAGGGUGGCGUGGAUUGGUAUUGGCGGGGCCGUGUUUUUGGGGAGUUAUCAGUGGGCGUGGAAUACGUUGGAGGGCAAGAGGGAGGUGGAGAGGGAGAGGUUGGAGAAGGAGGCGAUUUGA